CAAGCUUGUAGCAAGCGAAGCUGUUGCGGUUGCCCUGAUGCGCUGCUGUUCUCUUGCCGGAGUAGAUGUGGCCCUCCUCCUUCUUGCCGGUGCCGCAAGGUCGGGCGAAGCUUUCCUUUUUUCGGGUCUAAGGGUUCCGUCUACUCCCCGUCGACAACAUGAUCCCUCUCCAUCUUCAAACACGCAGCAGCAACACGCAGCCAGCGGCGGCAGGCUGCUGCCGACAACCAGCAGGCCGCCAUCCACCGCCAGCACCCUUCGCGCGACUCCCGCUGACGACGCUACCGGGCAACAAAUCCUGGAAUACCCCGGCAUGACUGACGACCAGGAGGGUGGUGCUCCCGAAGGCCGACAAGAAGGUGCCGCGCAACCUCCUCCGAUCCCGAAGGACACGACUCGCAGGGCGGUGGCACUUGACGGCACAGCCCUCGCCUUCCGACCCCCGACCACCCAAGACUUCCACAAGCUAGGGAUGGGCGACUGGGUAGCCCAGAAGGGCCUGGCUGUCGCUCUAGUGGCGCUGGGCGCGACUGAGCAGGCGGCCGGAGAGCCGGUUAUCGGUGCUCCUCUGGCGGGAGCGGUGGUGGAGGCGAUGGGGGGAGGCUCUUCGGUGGCGACGCAGGUGUGCUUGUUGAGGCAUCGGCGUGAGGACGGCGUGGCGGAGGCCGUGGAGCAUGCGCUGCUGGAUGAAACGAUCAACCGUUUCCUCAACGAUGGAGCGAGAAUCAGCCAGUUGCGCGUGGAGAUUGACGAUUCCCCGCAAUCCGUAGACUAUUACUCCCGGCACGGGUUCAUCCGCUCCGUCGAGGCGGCGUCGGAGGGACGCGUACUGCUUGCGGGAGAUCGCGUGGCAGCUUUAGGGGCGAUACAGGCGUCGUUAACGGGAGGGGAUGACCAGGGCACCGUUGGCGCCGUCGUGAUGAACCUCAUGGCACGCCUGCUGCACGACGCGGGAAACCUGCAGGGGGCUGUGGAUGCCUACCUGAAGGCGCUCGAGCUUGACCCAACUCGCAGCGAAGUCUUCCGUGGUUUGGGGGGGGCUUAUCAGAGCCAGGGGCAGCACCAGAUGGCCUUCGCUAGCUACCAGCAAGCGAUUAACCUUGCCCCCUGGGACCUCCUGGCGUACCUUAAACUCGGGAUGUUGUACGAAGACCUGGCCGUGGGUAAGUACGAAGAGGCCGGGGACCAUGCCAUCCGGUGCUUUCAGUACUACCUGCAGCACUCCGGCAGCGAGGACACGGACGUUCUCACGAGACUUGGAAACUUGCAGGUGAUGAGGCUCGACCCGGGUUCUGCGGUGGAGACGUAUCGGAGGGCUCUUGCCGUGGACAAGUCCUUGUCCAACGUCUGGUUCAACCUUGCUAACGCUUACCUCAAGCUGGGGGAAGAAGAGGAGGCAGCAACAUGCCUGAAGGAGAAACUCAGGCUGGAUCCCGAUCCAAACGCUGGAGUAUCUGCCAGGUAUUUGCUUGCUUCUCUCGAAGCGGACCCAGGGCGUCUGACCGAAAGCGAUCAGCUGGCGUACGCGAGAGAGUUGUUCGACUACUACGCCCCCAAGUACGACGACCACAUGCGGAAGAAGCUCCUGUACACCGGCCCUAGACUUCUCCGGAAGAACAUGAAAGAGGUGUACAACGCCACCUUCCAGUCUUUCCCCGAUGAGAUCCAGUCCGCUCACAACGGUGAUGUGCUAUCGUACCUCAACGGAUCUCUCGACAUCCUCGACCUCGGCUGUGGCACGGGCCUCAUCGGCAGCUGGUUCAAGGACUACGCCAGGAAGCUGGUCGGGGUGGACAUUUCGCCGACUAUGCUGGACAUGGCCACCAAGAAGGGGUGCUACCACGAGCUGAGAAGAGGGGACGUGAGGGCGUAUCUCGCCGCGUCAGAGGAGCAGCAGUUCGACCUCGUUGUGGCAGCUGAGACGCUGCAGUACCUGGGGCCACUGGAAACUGUGGUGGCCGACGCCUCCAAGGUCUUGAAGCCAGGAGGGUACUUUUCGUUCACCGUGGAUAGACGAAGAACGAACGAGGGGGAGGAACAAGAGGGAAGAGACGAGCAGGGUCACGACGAAGAUGACCCCGAGGAGGGCUACUCGUUGAAGACAGACGGCACGUACGCGUACUCCCGAGGUUACUUGGAGCGGUUAGCACGGCUUGGUGGCUACGAGAUUGUGGUGUUGAAACGACACUCAACCAUGGUGCAGAGAGGGGAAGCUGCCCCUGGGUACAUGGGCGUGUUUCGAAAACCGGAGUAAAGUUCAGCACUAUUUAGCACGCUAGCACUCCUUGUUGGUACGAACAUGGAGUAUCUUUUUGUGACGUCACGGGCGGACUUGCGGAAAGACAUUAUUCCGACCUGAUCCUUUGUUCGAACUUGUUACCGGCGAGGCCGUUUCACUGUCACUGACGUAGAAAGUUGGUCGGCUUGUACCAGAAUAUGGAUUCGCGCAAGGCAUGGGUUAU